AUGCAAUUCGCAUUAGAAGCGUUCGCCUUCGCUGCUGGGGCCACCUGCUACGUGGGAUACUUCAACCGCGGUGAGCACCACUUGCAUGGUAUAAUAUACAUCCAAAUACACGCCAUCGCAUUUGCAGUCCUCGCUGCCCUGCAAUAUCGACUAGGCCUCACCUUGGAGGCUGCUUUGAAGCAGUCAUGCUUGUAUGAUGGCAUGUUUCUCUUGGGCCUAUAUGCGAGUCUUUUCUUCUACCGUGCUUUUCGACACCCACUCAACAUCUUUCCUGGACCAUGGAUCGCACGAAUCAGCAGCUUCUACAUGACGUUUUCCAUUCGGCGAAUGCAGAUGUAUAAUACUUUACACGAGCUGCACCGAAAGUAUGGCUACUUUGUGCGUAUUGGCACCCAAGAGCUGUCAAUUACACACCCCAAGGCAGUCCAACAAAUAUUCGGAGCCGAUUCGGUGUGCCAAAAGGGCCCCUGGUACGACCUCACUCGGCCACAAGACUCGGUUCUUCUUCGCCGGACCUUUAAGGGGCACGCCGAGCUGCGUUCAGUCUGGAGUCAAGCAUUCUCUACAAAGGCUGUCAGGAGCUAUGAGACACGGAUCCAUCCAUAUAGGGCCAGACUCAUACAUGAACUCGAUGCUCACGCCGGACAGCCAGUGAAUGUGAACCACUGGCUGGGAUUAUAUUCAUGGGAUGUUUUGAGUGAUUUGUCGUUUGGUCAUCCAUUCGGCAUGCUAGAUACCAAGGAGCACCACUGGGCAAUGGACAUCCUCGACAAUGGAAUGAGCGUUAUCGGUAUUCAUCUGCCGAUGUGGUUUUUCCACAUCCUGCGUGCACUCCCUGGUGGCAAUAAGGACUUGAAGGUUAUGCUGAAGUACUGCACCGAAGAAAUGCGUACGAGAUGGGAGAAUGAGCCGAAGAUACCAGACGUGAUGAGUGCCCUCUUUGCCCCAUACCGCAGGAAGGAGAAAGUAUUCGACGAGCAAGCAAUAAACCUCCUGGCUGGAGAAUCACACCUACUGAUCAACGCCGGAAGUGAUACCACCAGAAUCACCAUGUCUUGCAUCCUGUGGAUUCUUGCUCAACGACCCGAGCUCGCAGACAGGCUGCGCGACGAGUUGAAGCCAUAUGUUCCGCAGUCUCCGGAUGAACUCGUGAUGGACGAUCAAAUCAGAAGCCUUGACUUGCUAAAUGGGGUUGUUCAAGAGGCACUUCGCAUGUGGCCACCAAGUCCCAGCCACCCAACGCGGUUGUCUCCCCCCGAGGGCACCAUCAUCGCUGGUCGUUUUAUCCCCGGCGGAACACAACUGAUAGCCCCCCAGUACGUUAUUGGACGAGGAUCAGACGAGACCAUCUUCCCGCGAGCGAAUGAGUUUAUUCCGGAACGAUGGUAUAGUCUUCCAGAGUUGAUCAAGGACAGGAAUGCAAUAGCACCAUUCUCAUUGGGUCCCAUGAAUUGCGCUGGAAAGCAUCUAGCAUUAACCAACAUCCGCGUCACUAUCGCGAGGCUGGUCAUGCAUUACAAUCUGAGAUUUGCCCCUAGUCGGACCGACCCGGUGGCUGGUUUCGAGAAAGGCAUGUAUGAGCAUUUUGCAAUGCAGGCUGGCCCACUAUACCUUUGCCUGGAGAAGCGGAACAAAUGAACCAUUGGGUCGUGGCUUUGGGUGACUUGAUCCGAGGGGGGCUGAAGUGUUCGG